GAAUCAUAUUACACUUGACAUUAGUGUGCAGGCCCCUAGUCGCGAUGAGGGGGGGGGAGCAAAACAUUUGACAAAUCCCACGAAAUCACUUGACUUUGGCGGAGGGAUUCUCCCCCGGGAUGAAGCAAGAAGAUUAGGAAAGGAACUUAAAGAUGUCAGCAGUCGUAGUCGUGCACGGUGGGGCGUGGGCCAUACCUGAUGACCUGGCCAAGGCCUCUGUUGAUGGAGUAAAGGUUGCAUCAUGUGAAGGGUUUUCAGUGUUGAGAAGAGGAGGUAGUGCACUGGAUGCUGUUGAGGCAGCUGUGAGGGCUCUGGAAGAAAACACUGUGUUUAAUGCAGGGCAUGGAGCAGUGCUAAAUGCUGAUGGAGAAGUGGAGCUGGAUGCCAUGAUCAUGGAUGGAAGGACACUUGCCAGUGGUGCUGUGUCUUCAGUGAAAAACAUUGCCAACCCUGUGUCACUGGCACGGGCAGUGAUGGAAAAGACAACCCACAUCAUGUUGUCAAGCAGAGGGGCAAACCUGUUUGCAGAGAGCAUUGGCAUGGCCACAGUUCCCACUGAUACACUGGUGACUGAGUAUGAGAGGAAAGAGUGGGAGAAGCACAAUAAUUAUCUCACUGGAGUAAUGCAGGAUUUCAACUCUCAGUGGACCCAUGAUACUGUUGGGGCGGUGUCUGUGGACUCUGCUGGUAAUGUUGCAUGUGCAACAUCAACUGGAGGGAUCAGAAAUAAAAUGGUUGGCAGAGUGGGAGACUCUCCGAUCAUUGGCUCUGGAGGAUACGCAGACAACUUUAGUGGUGCAGUGUCUUGUACCGGUCAUGGAGAGUCUAUUCUUAAAGUCACAUUGGCCAGACUCAUUCUUUCACAUAUUGAACAAGGUAAAUCAGUAGCAGUUUCUUCACAGUUGUCUCUGCAGUACAUGGGAGAACGUGUCCGUGGUGCAGGGGGCGCUAUUGUAGUUUCUCCAUCAGGACAGUGGGCAGCCACAUUUACCACAGAGCGAAUGGCUUGGGCAGCAGUGGAUCAUGAUGUUCUUUGGUAUGGAUUAGACCCAAAUGAAAGAUCUAAAGAGCAGUUAUCCCAAUAUAUAUAAAAUAAUCCCAAUAACCAUUUGAACACAUUUUUUAAUACUUAUUAAUCAUAGAAUUGACCAAUAUAAUAUGGAACUGUAUUUCUUAGGUUUUCCACUAAUUCACUACUUCAUUUGCUACUGUUGUUUGUAGCCAAAUUAAAUUAGUAGUUUUUUCUUCUCUCUAAUCUGUGACGUCUAAGCCAUGUACUGUACAGUACAGUACAUGUGUACAGUGAAAUAUAUUAUUAAUAAUAUAUUAUUAGUAUUGAAGUCUCAAGAUCUCUGUUAUUUGAGCAGCUAGUACAUACAUUUGCCUAUUUUUUCUUAUCCCCUGAAUUCUGGAUUACAUUUUACAUAUAAUAACAUCAGAUGUCUGCUUUAUUUUAUUAAAAUCUCUUUAACAUUGUGUUAGUUUAUUUCUCCACAUUUUUGUUUAUCUGUCCAACUCCAAAUUUGCACACCUAAUCCAAUUGAGGUCUAAACAUUUUCAGUUAGCUUAGAUGUGUAAAAGCAGACUACUACCCUGAAUAUGAAAGUGAUUAAAAAUGCAUCUGUGUAAA